UCCGGGGGGCCUCGUAGCAAGAUGGCGGCGGCGGGGUCCGUGAGGCGCGGGCGGCGGCGACCGCGGCGCCAGUGAGGGGGCCCGGGGGCCCGGGCGGCUCCGGGCCGGGGCCCCGCCGCGGGACGGAUCAUGCUACGCUCCACUGGCUUCUUCCGGGCCAUUGACUGCCCCUAUUGGUCUGGGGCGCCCGGGGGGCCCUGCCGGCGGCCCUACUGCCACUUCCGGCACCGCGGGGCCCGGGUCCCCGGCGCGCCCGGUGAUGGCGGAGCGGCGCCCCCCGCAGCAGGGCUGGGUUACGACCCCUACAACCCUGAGCUGCCCAAGCCCCCGACGCAGAGGGAGAAUGGCGCCCUCGGCCUGGGGGAGGAGCCGCGGCCUGACGUGCUGGAGCUGGAGCUGGUUAACCAGGCCAUCGAGGCCGUGCGCAGUGAGGUGGAGCUGGAGCAGCGGCGCUACCGGGAGCUGCUGGAGACGGCCCGUGAGCACCGCGCCACCGAGGCCCCCGCCCUGGCUCCCUGCAGCCCUGAUGCCAGCCCUGUCGUGGGUCUGGAUGACGAUGCCUUCCCCCUGGCCUUCCACUACAGCCCCGGCAGCCACAGCCUAUUAAGCACCAAUGCCAGCUACCAGCCCACCCCACUGACCCCCCCUGCUGAGCCAGGCAGCAAGUACUCGCUGGUGUCCCUGGACAGGGGUCAGGGCAGAGGCAGAGGGGGCAGCGGUGCCCUGGAAUACGUCCCCAAGGCCGUGAGCCAGCCCCGGCGGCACAGCCGCCCCAUUCCCAGUGGCAAGUACGUGGUGGACAACUCCCGGCCACCCACAGACCUGGAGUACGACCCGCUCUCCAACUUCUCCGCCCGGCACCUCAGCAGGGCCAGCUCCCGGGAUGAGCGUGCCGCCAAGCGGCCCCGGGGACCCCGCGGCAGCGAGCCCUACACGCCUGCCCCCAAGAGGCCCUGCGACCCUUUCGGCAGUUGUGAUGCAAGGUUCUCAGACUCGGAAGAUGAGGCCGCCACGGCCCCCGGUGACGAGCCUGCCACGGCCAGCACUCCCAAAGCCAGGGCUGACCCUGAGAGCAAGGCCUCCGGGCAGCCGCCCUCCAAAGAGAGCCUGGAGACUGAGGGGGGCGGCCUGCGUGAGACCAGGGAGACCGCCGUGCAGUGCGACGUGGGGGACCUCCAGCCGGCCCCGCCCAAGCCCAGCUCCCCAGCCCAGGCCUCGCAGGAUGGGGUCCGCCCCAAGGAGGGGAAACCCAAGAGGAAGAAAAGCGGGGCCCCACCUGCCCCCAGCUGUAAAGACGGUGCCCAGAGGAAGGACAAGACCAAGGACAAGUGCCGAGGGCGAGGGGAGAGGCCCCGUGUGGACAAGAAGGGCCCGCAGGCCAGCAGCCCCCGGCGCAAGGCAGACCGGCCGGAAGGGACCAAGAAGAAGCCAUCUUCGGCCACUCCCGUGGCCAGCUCAGGGAAAGGGCGGCCUGACCGGCCAGCUCGGCAGCCAAGCCCCGCAAGCGGGGACUCGCAACCGGCGGCCAGCAGAGCUCCACCCGGCGCCCCCCAGCUCCCCGACAGGAAGGGCACCAAGGCCCCGUCGGGGAAGCUGGUGGAGCGCAAAGCCCGCUCGCUGGACGAGGGUGCCUCCCGGGACGCCCCCAAGCUGAAGAGGCGGGCCCUGAGCCACGCUGACCUCUUUGGGGACGAGAGUGAGGACGAGGCCACAGGGCCGGGGGGACCGAGCGUGUGGCCCCCCACCCUCCCCGGCCUCAGCUCGGACUCAGACUCUGACUCAGACUCCAGCCUGGGCUUCCCGGAGGCACAAGGGCCGCCCAAGCGGCUCAAGGCCUCCCCGCCCCCCUCCCCCGCAAGGUCCUCCUCCUCCUCGUCCUCCUCCAGCGCGGGGGCGGAUGUGGACUACUCGGCCCUGGAGAAGGAGGUGGACUUUGACUCCGACCCCAUGGAGGAGUGCCUGCGGAUCUUCAACGAGUCCACCAGCGUCAAGACGGAGGACAGAGGCCGGCUGGCCCGGCAGCCCCCCAAGGAAGAGAAGAGUGAGGAGAAGGGGCUUUCGGGUCUGACCACUCUGUUCCCCGGACAGAAGAAGAGGAUCUCCCACCUCUCCAAGCAAGGCCAGGAGGCGGAGCCGCCGAGGAGGAGUCCCGCAGUACCCCCGGCCCGACCCCCGACGGCGCAGGAGGUGUGCUACCUGCGGACGCAGCAGGCGCAGAGGGCAUCGGUGAGCUUGCUGCAGGCCGCCCCCAGGCUGGAGAAGCCAUCUUCUGUCCACAUCUCCGCCCCCGGUGAGAAGAGGAGGAUCGCCCACGUCCCCAACCCCCGCUUGGCUGCAGCCCCUACAGGUCCCAAGAGGACCCUCUCGGCCAGCGGCAGCCAGCCCUCCAACGGCCCCGAGCCCGGCGGCCAGCCGCUGAAGACGCGCACGUUGUCGGGGAUGGCAUCCAAGACCACCACCACCAUCACCCCGAAGCGAAUCGCCCACAGUCCAUCCUUACAGAGUUUAAAGAAACCCAUUAUCCCCAAAGAAUUUGGGGGCAAAGUCCCCACUGUCAUCCGCCAGCGUUAUCUCAACCUGUUCAUCGAGGAGUGUCUCAAGUUCUGUACGUCUAACCAGGAGGCCAUAGAGAAGGCGCUGAACGAGGAGAAGGUGGCCUAUGACCGCAGCCCCAGCAAGAACAUCUACCUGAAUGUGGCCGUGAACACGCUUAAGAAGCUCAGGGGCCUGGCCCCCAGCGCCGUGUCCAGCCUCAGCAAAACCAGUGGUCGCCGGGUUGUGUCCCACGAGGUGGUGUUGGGGGGCAGGUUGGCCGCCAAGACCAGCUUCUCACUCAGCCGCCCAAGCAGCCCCCGGGUGGAGGACCUGAAAGGGGCCGCGCUGUACAGCCGCCUCAAGGAGUACCUGCUCACCCAGGACCAGCUCAAGGAGAACGGCUACCCUUUCCCGCACCCGGAGCGGCCCGGGGGCGCCGUCAUCUUCACAGCGGAGGAGAAGAGGCCCAAGGACUCUUCCUGCAGGACCUGCUGCCGCUGUGGCACCGAGUACCUCGUGUCCUCCUCGGGCCGCUGUGUCCGUGAUGAGGAGUGUUACUACCACUGGGGACGGCUGCGCCGGAGCCGGGUGGCUGGAGGCUGGGAGACCCAGUACAUGUGCUGCUCGGCUGCCGCUGGCUCUGUCGGCUGCCAGGUUGCCAAGCAACACGUGCAGGACGGCCGGAAGGAGCGCCUCGAGGGCUUCGUGAAGACCUUUGAGAAAGAACUCUCCGGAGACGCCCACCCGGGGAUCUAUGCCCUGGACUGCGAGAUGUCCUACACGACGUACGGCCUGGAGCUGACGCGAGUCACGGUGGUCGACACGGAUGUGCACGUGGUUUAUGACACCUUCGUGAAGCCGGACAACGCGAUCGUGGACUACAACACCAGGUUUUCGGGUGUGACAGAGGCUGAUCUCGCUGACACGAGUGUCACGCUGCGCGACGUCCAGGCCGUCCUGCUGAGCAUGUUCAGCGCCGACACCAUCCUCAUCGGACACAGCCUGGAGAGCGACCUCCUGGCCCUGAAGGUCAUCCACAGCACCGUGGUGGACACGUCCGUGCUCUUCCCCCACCGCCUGGGCCUCCCCUACAAGCGGUCCCUGCGGAACCUCAUGGCUGACUACCUCAGACAGAUCAUCCAGGACAAUGUGGACGGGCACAGCUCCAGCGAGGACGCCGGCGCCUGCAUGCACCUGGUGAUCUGGAAGGUCCGAGAAGACGCCAAGACCAAGCGAUGACGCCUGCCCGCCUCCCGCCCGCCUCUCCUGCCGCCCCGGCCGGUCCUUAGCCCCAGGCCUCUUCCAAACAGUGCAAUAAAUCUCCGGUAACCCGUCCACCUGGCGAGGCAGCCCAGAGCAGCGGGACAAGCCGGUGGCCGGAGAACGCCUUGCCCAGCCCAGCCCAGCCCACGUCCUGCCGCAGCCCCUCACACCCCUCCCUGCCCUCUGCCCCCCAGACCUCUGGCGUCUCUGUAAACUGCUGCUGACAGACACCAGGACCGAGCCCACCCCCGCCUGGCCUGCAGCCCCUCCUGCCCCUCUGGCCAGGCCCUCGCUCCCUCCCAGGUGGUGGCCGACACCUCUGCUCCUCACUCGGGGCGCGGGGUGGGCUUGUCCUGGGUUUGUUUGAGACAGUCUUUUUUUAUUUUGUAUUGUUAUUUUUAUUAUUUUUAUUUAAACCUGAUGACUUGCACAGCCCUUUCCCACCGGGAAGAGUGGGCCUGCUGCCUUCCCACCUGGGGGGGUGGGGACGGGACAGACCCCAGCGGGGGCCAGGGCCACAUGCAGCCCGGCGUGGGCUGGACCUGCCUCCGGGCUCCAGGGGCUGGCCUGCCUUCGGGGCGGCCGGCUUCCACCACUCGCCGCCCCACCCCUGCACUCCGUGACCUCUGAGAACCCAGCCAGCCCCUCAUUAGCCCCAGGGCCUGCCGUCCACGGAGCCCACUGGCCUCCGGACACUGUCUUCCCACCGGAGCCCCAUCUUCCUUCACAGGCUCUCCGGAUCCCCUUUCCCUCUCCUCCAGGCAGGGAUAGAAUAAAUGUUUGUAUGGAUUUUA